AUGUACAAACAGAAGUCGCUAGAACUGAGAGAUAUCAACUACGUGUAUGAAAACUCAUGGGUCUGGGUUAACAUCAAUUCGAUAAAAAAAAAAAAUGGAAAUUUAUAUAAAGAAAUAUUUGAAUAUUACAAAAAUAAAAAUAAAAUAUUUUGCUUCUUCAAAGGAAAAGUAAAACAAUUCGUGUCCACCAGAGACGUAGAAAUAUGCAUCAGCAUAGACGACAAUUAUAUCAAUUUCAAAAAUAACAUAAAUUAUAACAUCACAGAAAAUGUGAAAUAUUUAUUACCCAUUGAUACCAAUUUUGGGUGUAGUGACAACACAGAGCUAAUUUAUUUAAAUCCGCCAAAUUUAUUGGAAAAUAUAAGACAGAGAUAUAGUAAGGCAUACCUUAAUGAAGGGAGCAGAGAAUGUAUUUACACCUACAUUGGGUACAUCCUCUUGUCAGUUAAUCCUUAUGAGGAUUUUAAAAUUUAUGAUGAAAGUUAUAUGAGGAAGAUUAAAAAUGAGAAUAAUUUGUUUGCCGUUCCUCACCCUUUUUCCAUUGCCAACGAUGCGUACAACUGUAUGGUCAAGGAUAAGGUGAGCCAGUCCAUCAUCAUAAGCGGCGAAAGUGGGGCUGGCAAGACGGAGUCGUCCAAGCAGGUGCUCAGGUACCUUACCUUCUUGAGCGCUUGUCACUCGCGGGAGGAAGCUGUAAGAAACGCUGACGCAUUGGAAAGAUGUGACUACGCAGGAAAGGGAGCCCCGUCAGGGGGAAGUGACCAAGGUGCGGGAGGCGGAGACACUGGGGGUCGUCGCACGAAAACACCCGCAAAAGAACGAAAGGAUAAGUUCAACCCAAACGUUAGGGAUGCCCCCAAGAGGGACGAAAUAAACGAAAGGGUCGCCAAAAAUGGUUCCGAAAAGGGGGGAAAGGCCGUUCCCUUAAGGGAGGCACGCUUCGUCACGGUUCCCACAGCAGCGUCCACCCACAACGCGUCCACUUACACUGCUGUAUCCACCAACACCGCGUCCCCCUCCUCUUAUGAAGACAAAAUCCAGAACAGCAACCCCCUGCUGGAAUCGUUCGGAAAUGCCAAGACGAUCAAAAAUGACAACAGCAGUAGGUUCGGAAAAUUGAUGAAGUUAAAUUAUGAUGAAAAUGGCGCGUUACGCUCUGCGUCCAUCGAAACGUAUCUCCUUGCAAAAUCCAGGGUGGUGGAUGUUCCCCCCAAGGAGGGGAAUUACCACAUUUUUUAUUCCCUGUGUGAGAACUCAAAAUUGAGAGAAGAGUUUGAUCUAUUGCCAUGGUACAAGUACAAUUACUUGAAGGCCAAAAAUGAUAUGAACAAGUCAGGUGACGGGUCCCCUAAUGGGAGGGAGGAUUCCGAGGGAAAUGAGGAAGGGGAGGAUGGAGAGGAUACCAACGCAGAGGGGAAACGGAAGAAGAAGAGCAGGAGUAGGGGUAAAAGUAAGCGGAAAAAGGCGGAUAAAUCGGACGAAACGGAUGGGGAGGAAGUGGGCUCGGAUGUGGUCGAAGCGGCCUUGGAUGGAGGUAAAAGGAAGAGAAGCAAACUUAAGGGAAAAUCAGGGAACGACUCACACCCCAGUGAUGACAGCGGGAAGGCGAACAAAUGCCUGUACGAUUUGGACGCCAUUAUGAAGUGCUUUCACAGCAUAGGGGUGUAUGAAGAGGAGCAGAGGGAGAUUUACAAAACGCUCAUCUGCAUUUUGCUCCUGGGAAAUGUGGACUUUGUGGUGAACGAGGAGGAGGAGGAGGGAGGGGUGCUCAAAAUUAAGAGUGGAGAGGUGUGCCAGAAGUUGGGCGACCUGCUUGAAAUUAGCAGCGACCAUUCGGGGGAUGGCGGCGGUGGUGGCAGCGGUGGAGGCGGACACGGCGGGGCGAAUAGGAUCGUCGAAAUUCUGACCAUAAAGAAGGUGCGCGACACGCGGAAGAACUACACCUACCAGCAAGCCAUCUACAACAGGGACGUCAUAUCCAAGGCCCUCUACCAGCUCCUGUUCGAGUACGUGAUAAUGCGCGUGAACGACUCUUUGAAUGCGCGCGAGGGGGAGGACCACCAAGGUGGUGACGACGCCCACGUGGAGGGUGCGCCCACCGAUGAGGAACACGCCGACGGGGCUCACGGGGCCCACACGGAGUGCAAAAGGAAAAGGAGCAGCCAUGGAGGAGCACACGCAGGGUACGCACCACACGCCGAUCGCGCUGAGCGAAGAAGCGGAAGGAAGACCUACUUCAUAGGCAUUUUAGACAUCUACGGAUUCGAAAACUUCGUCAAGGAAGGCAUGAACUGCUUUGAACAGCUGUGCAUCAAUUACGCAAAUGAAGUUUUACACGCCUUUUUUUUAAAGCAAAUAAUUCACAAUGAGCACAAAAUACAUUAUGAAGAAAAUUUGUUCCUCGAAAAAAUCCCUUACAAUGAUAACAGCAAUGUAAUCUCCCUCAUAGGGGACACUCGAGAUGUGAGCAUCUACACAAUAUUGGAAGAUUUGUCUUUGCUAUUUUCAUCAAAUAAGUCUAACGAAGAGAGUAAUAAAAAUUUGUUCUUUGAAAAGUUAAGUAAAAAUGUGAUGAACUCAGCCAAAUAUAAAAGUAUCGUUCGAAAUUACAAAGCGUCGAGGAACUGCUUCAUCAUUUCGCACUACGCGGGGGAGGUCCUCUACGACUCCCACGAUUUUUUUAACAAAAAUGUAGACAUACUUACGAACGAUAUUGAGGACUUCCUAUCAAGCUGCAAUUCGUUCAUUAGGACGAAUUUGCUUAAGGGGAGGAGAUACAUGGGUGGUAAGUACACCACACAGGGGAAUCGUCCUAAGGGAAGUGGCAGCAGAAUGGCGGAGCUGAAAAUCCAGGAAGAGCCAAAAUCGGGGAGGAGGAAAUUAUCCGUGAAGGAAAUGAUAUCCCACCAUGAGAUUGAGUCCAGGGCAGUUCUUCCUGCACACCUCCAGGGGGAUGAUCCGUAUAUGAGUGAUGAGGACGAGGAAGGGGGCGAAGUAGAAGGGAAUCAUCGACAGAGCGUCCGUAAUGGGGGGAUCUCCAACAACGUUCUUACGUACCACACAGGAAGGAAGAACAAAGUAAAGUCCAUCUUUUCUUCAUUCAAAAAGCAGCUGGAAAUUCUGACGAACAAACUAGACAAAACGGCUUCUAAAUUUAUCAGGUGUAUAAAACCAAAUGAGGAAAAGAAGGCCAAAUUUUUUAAUAAAAAUUUGGUGCUGAAUCAGCUGGUGAUGAGCGGAAUGGUGGACGUCCUCAGUUUGAUGAAAAAUGGAUACCCUUGCAGAGUGCUCUACGAUGAUAUUUGGAUUACCUACAGUCACAUUUUGCAAGAAGAAAUGAAGUCCUUCCUCACCCCCAAAAUGUUCUGCGAAAUUGUCCUAAAAUUUUUAGACAUCCACUCUAACGAGUACACAUUCGGAAGAACGAAAGUGUUUUUCCGCUUUGGGGUUUUAUCCACCAUAAAUGAGAUAUUGAAUAAAAAUUUGGAGAAAAAAAAUAAAUUUAUCCAGUGUGUGUAUAACUUUUGGCUACACAGAAGGAAGCGAAAAAUUUUGAAGUUUGUCCUCUGUGGAUGCAGAUUUAAAAUGCUCAUAAAAAGGAGGAGAGCCAAACGUCUAAUGGAGCACGGACUCGGGUAUUAUAACAAAUUUUUGCUACAGAAAAAAAGGCAAAGUCUUCGAAAAAUCCUCUUUUACUACUUUUAUGUGUAUAAACAGAGAACCUACUUCCUCCAAUUGAGAAGGAGCUCCCUCGUUAUUCAGAGGCACAUUCGGGGAUACCUCGCGCGGAAAAAAUAUUCACACGUAAAAAGACAAAUUCUGUUCAUCCAGGAUUACUAUUUAUUUCAAGGGUACUUUAAGCAGAGAGUUACAGCCUCAAACAUUAUUAGGAAAAACUGGCUCACGUAUAUCACGAAAUCGGAUUACCGCUACGUCCGAAUGAGCAUUAUAAAAAUACAGAGGGCCUUCCGGAGGUACAUGAAGGGGAAAUACAUCAACUACUGCUUGAAGGUGGUCAAUGUUAAGAAGCAGCCCAAGCGCACGUACAGCGCGCUCGUGAAGAGUGAGCUCUCCCAGGGGAAGAAACUGGAGUUGGGGGCACAGCGGACGGCGCAGAGCACAGCUCAGAGGAAGGCUCCCAAGGAACUCGCGAAAGGAGUGAAGACCGAGAGAGCUCGAGAUCCACAGCUGGGGAAGCGCCCCUGCCAGGAGGAGGACCGCAUAGGGUCCUUCAUCUGCGUGGAGAGGCCCAACCGCAGGCACUCCUUCGCGAUGGGCCAAAAGCUGGACGCCUCCCCGAGCAGCAGAAACAACCUCAAAAGAAGAAAAACCUGGAGCGCUCGGGAAAGCGCCUCGAAGUAUGACCACAAGCGACAGAGCUACAGACACGCCCAACCAAAUUACAUCGACAGAGGUAUUUCAAACCACAGCAGUAGCCACAUCAGCACAGGGAGUGCCUUGAAAAAGAAGGUCACAGGAAGCUACACGCAGGAGAAACCAUUUAUCAGUGUUGGACAUAUAGGGAUUAACGAAAAGGGGCGAAUAAACGGAGGUAGUAGCCACCUUUUUGGUAAUGCUAGUCGGGAUAAGGGCAGAGCAAAAAACAAGUUUCGGUUCAGCAACCUGAGCAUAUGUGCUGACGACAUGCACGCGAAGGGAGCCGGCGGGGCUGGCGGUAAAGGUGGCUCGCUCAGCGUGGGCAAAAGCCGCAUGAAAAGAAAAACGUACAAUCAUGCGAACCCGAAGAACGACUUCGCCUCGAGCUACAAGAGGGAGAAAAAUAAAGUCUCCAAUUUUUUGAAAAACACCAUAUAUGAUAGGUACAUCAGCAAGUACAAGCAGAAUCACAUGAGCAGACAGAAGGAUAAGAAGAAGAAAUCGAUUUACAUAAAAAACAACUACAGCAACAUCAGCAACAUAUACAGCGUCUACAGGCCUUCACGGGAGGAAAAGCUCGCUGACCAGUAUGACUUCGACCGCACGGACUCGCUCAUCAUCCCGGAGGACUUCUACGUGAGCGAGUCGAACAUCCCCGAGCCAGACAUGAUGCAGGAAAAUAAUGAAAAUUACCUACUGUUGUGUGAUUACCUGGACAACAACUUAAAUUCGAAGAUCCCCCUAAUAGAGCUAAGUGCUUUCAAGUGCGCGUGA